AUGUCGAACUUCAGUGAAGAUGGCGGUGCCUUUGCGGAGUGUUUCUUUGCGCAGUACCCUCUCGGUAUGGGACGAAAGCCCCUGCCGCCGGUAGUCAUGGAGAAGAUUGCUGGCAGAAGGGAUGUGCGUGCAACCGAUGCGAUUGCUGGACCAACGCACGGCAUCUCCUCGCGUCCUUUAUUUGCUGCCGUGCCCAACACCGAGGCCCUCAUUGUGGCGUCGUCGGAUUUGUCGGCCGGCGGCGUCAGCACUCUCAGCGCAAAAGGGAGUGUGGUGCAAGACAGCGAUGCGGAUGCACUGGCGGAGACAACGGAGAAGACGAAGGAGGCAUUGGAGGAGGUUCUUCGUGGCCGGCAGGCGCAAAAGGAAGAUUUCAGCGGGCGGAAUAUUCGGCGGGCGCCGAAAACGAAGCCGGGGCUGGAAAUUGUACUCCCGGGGGACGUUGGUGUCACCGGUGUGUAUGAUCCGGCGUCCAUUGUGCGGUCACCGACACGUGCAAAGAAGGAUGGAGGUAAUUCUGGCGAAGGGUCCUCUUCUUCCUCCUCUGCCAAUGUGGCUGCCGUGCCGUUUAGCAUCGGGAACUGGAAAAACAAGCGCAAAUUAAUUAUCCCACUGGAGCAACGCCUUGCGCAGCAAGCAGACACGCAGGCGGGUAGUGGUGGUGGGAUCAGCGAGCAGGUCAUGAAUCUUGCCGUGGCGGUGCAGCAGGCACGGAAGGAGGUGGAGGCGGAGCAGGCCGCACGUGAGAAAGCCCGUCAAGAAGAAGAGGAACGUCGGCAGGCAGAGCGAGAAGCGGAGGCAACGCAGCGCGCCAGAGAAUUGCUAGAAAAAGCCGCAUCGAGCAUGAUGCAAACAUCAACAGAGAGACGAAAGGAAAGUCGGGAGGAACGGUUGGAUCGCAUUCGCUUGGAACGCGAGCUGCGAGAGAGGGAGAGGCAGCAGGAGGUACGACAGCGUCGAUUGGCGAAAGCCGCUGCCCGACUGGGGAUAACUGUAGAGGCGCUGGAGGCCGAUAAAGAUCUCUUGAAAACAGUUGACGAAGCGGCGGCUGGUGGCCAUGGUGUGACUGUCACCGACUAUGCAACGCCAUCAUCGUCAUCGUAUCUGGGUGCGAAACAGGAAGGCUCCUCUCUGGAACAAAAACCUCCCUCAUUGUAUGCGGACGACGAAGAAGACGGUACGCGCCCUGCUCGUGGAAUACGGAAAGGUGUUUUUGGUUCUGCCGUCAUCAGUAAUGAGGGUAUCCGUCGUGAGAUGGAGGCAUUGGCCCGAAUGGAAGAACAAGAGGGGGGUAUAAAAGAUGGGAUUCGACUGCGAAAUGAUGAUGAAUCCACGGAUGACGAUGAUGAUGGUGGUGGUGAUGGCUUGGGUUUGGAUCAACUCAUGAAGAAGAGACGUCGCCUGUGA